AUGUCCAGGGCAGCAUGCCAGGAGCCGCCGAGCCAGAGGCGGGCCUUGUCUUCCUGCCAGCGCUCGGCUCAAUGGCAACGGAGCCUGGAACUGGUCCGGCACAUGGGCUCAGACCGACAUCGAUUGGACGUCAUCGGACUGAACAAAGCCAUCAGCGCUUGCGGGCGCGGGCGCAGCUGGCAAGCAGGACUAGCAUUGCUGGUGGCAACACCAGUUCGCCCGGAUGCCAUCAGCUACAACACAGCACUUGCGGCUGCCAACCGCGGCGAAUGGCAAGUUGGCCAGCUGCUCCUCAAGGAGAUGGCUGACGGCAAUCUGCAGCGUGACCUCAUCAGCUACAAUUCAUCCCUGGCCGGCUGCCUGCGGGGCAGCCGUUGGAUCGCAGCUUUAGAUCAUCUCCCCCACCUGGCACAGCAGGCAUUGCCGCCAGACGUGGUUUCUGCCACCCUGAUCUCAGACACUCUCCGGUCUUCGCUUCAAUGGCGUCGCGGCAUUUGCUGCUUGGAGUCGCUGUCCACGGCGCGCGUGAGGCAGAAUCCGAAUCAGGUGGUUUUGAAUAUCAUCGUUUAG